AACUCCAGUCAUCCUCCUUCUCUUCAUCUCAUUUCCAAUUCCUGCAAAAAGUGUCAGUUACAGAUACAGAGGCAGGGGAUUAGUUUGAAUCUUCAAGGAGAUCAUCCUGCUUGGGAUGCACUUAAGUUUAUGAAGAUCAGUUGGAGCUUUGGGGGGCAGCACUGAGGACAACAUUCACCUGUUAAGCAGACUGAUGAGAUGAGAGAUGGGAUCCUCGGUUACUGCUGUGACUAUUUGUCCCCUCAGAUGGAUCCUUGUUCUGGUCAUUUUGGUGCAUCGGCUUAACGCAGGGGGGACUGAGGGCCCAUGUCAAGGGAGAGACUGUUCUGUAUGCCAGUGUUUUCCUGCGAAAGGUGCACAGGGAGCUCCAGGGAAGCCAGGCCAGCAAGGCCCCCGGGGACAAAUGGGACCAAGGGGACGUGAAGGGCCACCUGGAGAGAAAGGCAGGAGAGGGGCAGAGGGACCCCAAGGACCAGAGGGUCCCAAAGGAGGCCGUGGCAAGACUGGUGUCCCUGGGUUUCCUGGUCACGAUGGCUCAACAGGCCACCCUGGAGCAGGUGGCGAGCCUGGUUUGCCAGGAGUGGAUGGCUGUAAUGGGACAAGAGGUCAACCAGGUGUCCCCGGGCGUUCUGGUCUGGAUGGUCUCCAUGGGCCGCCGGGAUUACAUGGACCCAAAGGAAUUAAAGGAGAACCUUUCUUUGGUGUUCCUUUUCCUGGGGAGCGUGGUAGAGAUGGCACACGUGGUAUACCUGGAAGAAAAGGAGGCAUUGGGCUAAAAGGCCACACCGGUGAUCCUGGCCCUCCAGGGCUUGAGGGCUUGGAAGGAGCAUCAGGUUUGAGAGGACCGCCAGGCGACCCUGGAGAAUCGCUGGCAGGCAAUACAGGUGACGAUGGUGAGCAAGGCCCACCAGGCCCACAAGGACCAGAAGAAGUCAUAGAAUUCCCUCCAGACUUACUUCCACCCAAAGGUUACAAGGGAGAUCAAGGCCUUCCUGGAUCAUGUGGACCAAAGGGCAUAAGUGGUGGUAUAGGAAACGACUACAGCCAAGAAAUUAAAGGAGAGCAAGGAAUCCUUGGUUUUCCUGGAGUUCGGGGUCCUGCAGGAUUUCCUGGUAGACAUGGAUUGCCAGGACCUGAGGGUUUCCGUGGAGACAAAGGACUUCCAGGGCUCAUUGGAAUAACUGGACCAAAUGGUUACCCAGGAGAUCCAGGUCUCCCCGGUCCCCAACUCUUUUAUAAUGGAAGUAAUGCCAGAGGUGCUAAAGGUGACCGUGGGUAUCCUGGAUUGCCUGGACUCCCAGGUGACAUUGGUCUCAUGGGCAUGCAUGGACCUCCUGGCCCAAAAGGGUUAUCAAUACCAGAGGAGUUGGGUUUACCUGGUCAACGGGGCUCCCCUGGUCCCAAAGGUUAUAAGGGAGAGCCAGGAAGAUAUAAUGACUUUGAAAUCAAUCCAUUUCCGGGACCAAAGGGAACAAAAGGACACCGUGGACGUAAAGGUGAAACAGGUCGCCCAGGUCCCCCAGGAUGUGGAGAUUACUACUGUGAGCCUGGUUACCCAGGGGACUCUGGUGACAGAGGAUCCAGAGGACCUCAAGGAAACAAAGGGCUCAAAGGAAUUAAAGGUUGUCCAGGGUUAUGUGAAUGUAGAUCUGGUGUGGGAAGCAUAGGAUCUCCUGGUCCACCUGGUUAUACAGGACCUCCUGGUUUACCUGGAACUCAAGGACUAAAGGGAGAGCCAGGACUUAAAGGAGAUGAGGGACCAAGAGGACCACAAGGUUUUCAAGGAAGUACUGGUGUAAAAGGACAGAAGGGUCAAAAAGGUGACUCCUUUGUGGCAAAUGUUGAAGGUGCUAAGGGUAACCAAGGAGAUCCUGGACACUUGGGUUCUCCUGGAGGACCAGGUAGGCCAGGACUGGACGGUCCCCCUGGCCCUCCAGGAGACCCUGGACCACCGGGCAUUGGAUAUGCAGGAUUACCUGGUUCCAAAGGUGACCCUGGUAUUACUGGACCCAAAGGGUUUCCAGGUGCCGUAGGGCUCCCAGGUCCCGGUUUACAAGGUCAUAAGGGGCAGCCUGGACCAAAAGGAAAUCAAGGACAUCCUGGCCACCCAGGAAAUCCUGGACGGCCAGGGCCUCCAGGUGAAACUGAGAGAUGCUGUCAUGAAGCUGAGAUUGGAUCACCUGGUCCCAAGGGUGAGCCGGGUUCACCAGGGAUUCCAGGCGAGGCAGGAAUAGACGGCCUCCAGGGACCUCAGGGACUCCCAGGCCCUAAAGGCAUGAAAGGAGUUGACGGUGGAUCUGGAGGGAUUGGGCUUCCAGGACCUCCAGGUUUAAAUGGGGAUCCAGGCGAUCCUGGUCCCAUUGGAAUUAGUCUAGAUGGCCCUCAAGGUCCUCCUGGAUUACCAGGACCACCAGGCAGGAAGGGUGCCCCAGGAGAUGUUUUUUCUACCAGGCCAGGAGCUACAGGCCCACCUGGUCUCCCUGGGGCUGUGGGGCCAAAAGGAUUUUAUGGAAUUCCUGGAAGCCCAGGGACUCCAGGUGUACAUGGCCAACCUGGAAGAUCAGGUUAUAAAGGAGAGCCAGGGGCCAAUGGUGACAUUGGAGACACCGGUCCCCCAGGCCCACCCUGCACUCUAUGUGACCUGACUAGAUAUCCAGGUCCUCCAGGACCUCCAGGAAACCCUGGACUAAGGGGAGUGGCAGGCUACCUUGGCCAGAAAGGUUUGAAGGGAGAUAUAGGUCUACCUGGUCGUGGACAGAAAGGUGUGCAAGGUUUCCCUGGCCCUCCUGGUGUGCCAGGCCCACCCGGACCAGCUGGUGCGCGUGGCAUUUCUGGAGAUCCUGGGGUAGAUGGCGAGCCAGGAAAGAGAGGUGAAAGGGGGUACCCUGGCAAGGCUGGGAUCACAGGUUUAUCAGGUCGCCCUGGGCCUCCAGGAUCCAGAGGUAAACAAGGAGAAAGAGGCUUUAGUGGUCGUCCAGGUGAUACAGGAGACCCAGGAGUGCCUGGUUACAAAGGUUUACCUGGUCUACAAGGAUUACCAGGACCAUUAAGGAUUGUGAAUGUAACAAAGGGCCCAUCAGGAACUUCAGGCAGAAAAGGGCAAUCAGGACAACCAGGAUAUGCAGGCUUUAAGGGCCCAAGGGGCGAGCCAGGUGAUUCAGGACCUGAUGGAUGGCCCGGUCUGCCUGGGAUUAAAGGCAGCACCGGUGCUCCAGGCAGGAGAGGAAUACCAGGACCUCCUGGGCACCCUGGAAUCAAAGGUUUCCCUGGUCCAAGGGGAUAUCUUGGACACGUUGGAGAACAGGGAGAUCCAGGGCCUAGCGGACAUUCGGGGAUUCCAGGUUUACCGGGAUUACCGGGGGCCAAGGGGGAUCCAGGACAGUCUUUUGGACAAGCUGGUCCACCUGGACCUAAAGGUUUGCCAGGGGACUCUAUACCUUGUGCACCCAGAGGGAGUCAAGGACAAACUGGUGAACCAGGAUCCCAGGGAAGGUUUGGACAGCCUGGACAACCAGGCAUUCCCGGGGAACCGGGAAGACAAGGAGGACCAGGUUUCCCUGGGCCUCGGGGCCCACCAGGUCGGCCAGGUCUUCCAGGUUUUCCAGGUGAUCAUGGAGGUCAGGGACCACCAGGCCCUCCUGGUCCAUAUGGGCCUCCAGGACCCCCUGGACCACCAGGUCUGGAUGGACUGAAUGGGCUUAUAGGUCCAAAAGGAAUAAAAGGAGCAAGUGGUAAAGAUAUGCCUGGUCCUCCCGGAACACAUGGGUUUCCUGGCAUCAAAGGUCUCAAGGGCUACCCAGGGCCUCCAGGAGCCAGUUUUUCUGGGCCCAAAGGCCAGAGGGGACCACCUGGCAGCACAGGUCUUCCCGGCCUCCCAGGUGAACCAGGUUACCCUGGCAAUGGAUGUCGUGUGCCUUUGUCAGGACCCAAAGGAGAUGUAGGACAUGAAGGAACUCCAGGACCCCCAGGUCUUCCUGGGCAACAGGGCCCACCAGGCAGCAGUAUUUUCUGCCAGGGAGACCCAGGCCCAGUUGGUCUCCCUGGGUUACCAGGUUGUAAGGGACAUAAGGGCCUCCAAGGACCUCCUGGACCUCAGCACAACCUAGGCUUAACAGGACCAAAAGGAGAGAGAGGUCCUGCUGGUUCCAUAGGUCUACCAGGACCCAAAGGUCAGAAAGGUAUCCCUGGGCCUCAUGGCCGCAAGGGAGUACCUGGUCCACCUGGAGACACAGGUGUCAAAGGUGCUCAUGGUGAUUCCAUCAGUGGACGCCCAGGACUCGCUCCUCUUGGACUCCCAGGACCACACGGAUUGCCAGGACCUGUAGGAUUCCCUGGCGAUUUGGGUCCUCCUGGGACUACAGGACGUAAAGGGGAGAAGGGUCCUAGGGGUUCUGUGGGCCUCCCUGGCCUUAUAGGUCCUCCCGGGCGUAAUGGUCCUACUGGAGACCCUGGAGAUGUUGGCCAGCAAGGAUUUCCUGGACCUCAAGGUAUCCCAGGUCCACCGGGUGAUCCAGGGGAACCAGGCUAUAGGGUGGCAGUGAGGUCAGGCUUCCUUCUGGUUAUCCACAGCCAAUCAGUUGAGGUGCCACCAUGCCCUGAGGGCAGCAGUCGGCUUUGGGCGGGCUACAGUCUAGUCUACUUGGAGGGACAAGAGAAAGCUCACACUCAAGAUCUCGGCCAGGCUGGCUCCUGCCUACCUGUUUUCUCCACCAUGCCUUUCUCUUACUGCAACAAAGCUGCCUGUCACUUCUCUAGUCGUAAUGACAAAUCCUAUUGGCUCUCCACCACCGCUCCCAUACCCAUGAUGCCACUGUUUGGCCAGGAGAUUAGAUCCCACAUCAGCCGCUGUGUGGUGUGUGAAACAGUUUUUCCUGCCGUGGCAUUUCACAGCCAGGAUAGCGCAGUUCCUGCAUGCCCACCCGGCUGGAGGAGUCUGUGGAUGGGAUACUCUUUUCUCCUGCAUACAGGGGCAGGUGACGAGGGUGGUGGCCAGUCUCUGACUUCUUCUGGUAGCUGCCUCAAGGAUUUUCGGUCUCACCCCUUCAUAGAGUGCCAGGGUGCACGUGGUUCCUGUCACUAUUUUGCCAACCUCUACAGUUUUUGGCUGACUACUGUUAGUCAGACAGAGCAGUUUAUCACCCCAAAAUCUGCCACCAUCAAGACAGCGGAUCAGCAGCGAAGCAGGGCCAGUCAGUGUCAUGUCUGCCUUAGAGAACUGUAACACUUUUUCAUUUGUAACUCUAAUUACCACUCAGGGUCAUAAAAUGUAGUUGGUGCCAAAAAGUGUGGAUAUGCAAUUUGUACACUGCUAUCUGAACAACUUCUUUUACACAGUGUUGCUGUAUACUGUUAUAUCUUUUUUCUGUCAUUAUUUUCAACAAGGUGCUAUUUCUAAUGAUGAUUAUUUUGCUGCUGUACAUUUAUAUUUUGUAAUAAUACAUUUCAGACUAGUGCUGAAAUCAUAACAAAAACAACCCUCGGGAGAAAUAUCAAGAAGAAAUAUUGCUCUUGCGCUCCUCUAUUAAAGAAAAGUUUUAACACCA